AUGCCCCGCGCCGAGUCUAAGGCUGGCGGUGGCGCUAAAGCGCGUCGCGCGGCGAAACGCACGAAUAAAUUCAAUCCGAGCGCCGCCGCCGCCGCGCCCGCGCUCGUGAACGUCGGCGACGCGUCGCAGUACGACGAUGAGCGCGCGAUCGAGCUCGAGCGGAGGAAGAAAUCAAACGUUAAGCAAGGGAAGAAGCUUGGCAAGCGAAAGAAGGGAGCGACGAGCGACAAGGAGACUGGUUCGAGCGAGGACGCGGCGCCGAAGAAGAAGCGAAGCGACGCCGCGGCAAACGCGGAGAAGGUGGAUUUUAGUAAAUUGAGUCGCAAAGAAGCCAAGGCGAAGAGCGAUGAGAUGAAGGCGCUGAGAAAACCAAACUUUGCGCUGGUGCAGGAGUUGGCGCAGAUUUGGGAACGGAUGCGAGGCAAAAAGGUGUCCAAGACGGAUCGAAGCGCGAUGUGCGACGAAAUUUACAAAAAGUGCGUGGGGAAGGUUCCCGAGUUGGCAAACAAUCACAAAGGUUCGCGCGUGGUGCAGGCGGUGUUGAAAUACGGCACUACCGAGCAGUGCGCUAAGAUCAUGAGCGAAGUGACGCCGCAGAUGGCGUUGCUGUCAAAGUCGCUGUACGGGAAUUUCCUGGUUCGCAAACUCAUAGACGCCGCGGACAAGAAGGAGAUACCGGCGCUGGUUGGGAACUUGCGCGGGCAAAUCGCGCGAUUGGCGCGACAUCCCGUGGGGUCACAAAUCGUUGAGGCUUUGUUUCACGCGGCUUCGGCGAAAGAAAAGAAGGCGAUGACUUUUGAGUUUUACGGUCCAGAAUUCGUGCACUUCGGCGCAGCGGACGACGUCAAGUCGCUUCGCGAAGCUUUGCUCCUCAAGCCCGUGGCGCAGCGCCAAGGCAUGCUUCGUCACAUCAACGUGACGAUGAUUCCAGUGUUGGAAAAGGGCUUGGUAUCUUCAUCAGUGAUCCAUCGGGUAUUGGCGGAGUAUCUCAGCGUCGGCGGUCCGAGCACAAAAGCCGAGGCGGCGGGAUCGAUAGCCGCCGCCGGCUUGCUUCGCAUGAUGCACACGAAGGACGGCGCGCACGCGGUGAAUAUGAUACUUGCACACUCUGGCGCCAAGCAGCGCAAGGGGGUGAUCAAGGCGUUGAAAGGUCAAGUUUCGAGGGUAUCGCAGGAUGAUUACGCCCACGUCGUCAUCGCCUCGCUCUUCGAUUGCGUGGACGACACGCAGUUGUUGGGCAAGGGCGUCGUGAGUGAGCUCAAGGCAGAGAGUUUGGCAGAAGUGGCGUCGCACAAAAACGCUCGGCGUGUGCUGUUGCACAUCCUCAAUCCUCGAUCCACAAGAUACUUCCCAUCGCACCUGCUCGAGUGCAUGCCGGAUCCUCAAAAAGUUCGCGAGGACGCCGAAGAAACCUUCGGCGGCGAAGACGAAGAAGAAGCGCCAGAGGGCGACGACGACGACGACGACGACGACGGUUUAGAAGAGGCGCCGGCGGAUGGUCCUGAUUUUGGCAUCGCCAAGAAACCUGCGAGCACGCGCCGCGCCGAACUGUUUCAUCAAGGAUUGGGAGACUCCCUCGUUGCAGCAUGCAGCGUGAACGCGGCGUCGAUGUUGCGAAGCAACCUCGCGUCCGACGUGUUGUUCGAAGUCGCUGCGGGCGGGUGUGACGACAUCUUUUACAAAACUGUCGGCGACAAAAAGAUGACCGACCUAUUUGAAGCCAUUUCGGAAGCGGUCGCGACAUCCAUGACAUCCGAACAAAUCGACGCGGAAUUGGGGGAAAAGCUCGAGCCGUUGCACGCAAACUUUUUCUCCACGCGAACGCUUCGUCGCAUGGCUUUAGAAGUCAAGCACGCCCAGUUCGUUCCCAUUUUCUGGAAAAGUGCGCUGAAGGCGAACUUGAAAACCUGGAUCGACGGCCACGGCGCUAAAGUCGUCGCUGCCGUCGUUCGCACGAAAACGGAUGCAAAAACGCGCAAAGAAAUCCACGCAGCCGUGGGAAAACUGGUCGACAGCGGCGACGCCGCGGCGUGGUCGGAGGGAUUUUUCCGCGUCAAGGAUGGAGACAAGCCACGAAAUUCAGCUGGGAAAGACGAGCAACCGACGUCAAAGAAGGCGAAGAAGGCGAAGAAGGCGUCAAAGUAG